AUGAAUCCGCUGUCCGCAGAAUGGGCAGCGGCUCGGCUCAGACAAGAAGCGCACCGACUGCACCCACCUGGGCCAUGCGCGCAACCGCCCCUCCCCGCGUCACCGUGCCGUGAGCCGGCAGCGCGGAGCAACGGCUCCCUGUUCUUGCGCGUUGCGGCAAAAAAGUCUGAAGGGGCCACAAAGCAGGCGACGAAGCGCCGGGAGUUCUCAUUGGCUCUCAGCGGACGCGACACGGUUCACCACCAGCACCUCCAGUGGGCGCCUCGCGUUUACCACCACGUCGAUGUGGCACUCAGCGACUCGGAGAAAGAGGGCGGGAAGAAGAAUGGCGGGAAGAAGAAAGCCUGGAAGAUGGACGCCAUGAAUGGCGCCGCGAUGGCCACGUUGGCGGCGCGCGUGGAAAAGGCUGUCUCAGGCUUGAAUGUUGGCAGCAGGGAGGAGCGAUCGAGAGUAGGUAUACUCGAGGCGGGGCGCGUGGAGACGGCGGUUCCAGGGUUGAAGAGUGGCGGCGGGGAGAAGCGGGCGAGAGUGGAGAUGCUGGAAGAGGAGCGCGUGGAGCGGCGCGCGCACUACCCGUACGACGCGGAGUCGCACGCCAUGGCUGCGGCGAGGGAUGGCGGGGCAAGGAGGGGCGGGUACGACUACGACGAGGAGCUCGCGCGACUGCAGGGUGAGCUGGUGAAGCUGCAGGAGUGGAUUUCCCGCAAGGGGCUGCGAGUGGUGGUACUCUUCGAGGGGCGGGACGAAGCAGCCAAGGGCGACCUCAUGAGCGCCAUCGCAGGGCCGCUUAACCCGCGCGUGUGCAGCGUCACGGCGCUGGGCGCCCCUUCCGACCGCGAGCGCACGCAGUGGUACUUCCAGCGCUUCGUCGCUCACCUGCCUGCCGCCGGCGAGAUGGUGCUGCUGGGCCGCAGCUGGUAUGCACGUGCAGGCGAGGAGCACGUGAAGGGCCUCUGCUCCGAAGCAGAGUACCGAGACUUCCUGCGCUCGUGCCCCGAGUUUGAGCGCAUGCUGGUGCGCUCUGGCAUCAUCCUCGUCAAGUACUGGGUGUCAGUGAGCCCUGAGGAGCAGGAGCGGCGGUUUCGGGAGCGGCUGGCGCGGCCUGAGCAGCGGUGGAGGGUGAGUGCGGAGGACGUGGAGGCGCGGGCGCGGUGGGCGGAGUACUCGUAUGCCAAGGACGUAAUGUUUGGCUUCUGCGACGUCAAGCAGGCGCCGUGGUUCGUGGUGGCGGCGGACGAUGAGAGGCGUGCGCGGCUGAAUGUGUUGGCGCACCUGCUGGCGCUCAUCCCCUAUGAGGACCUGCCUCUGCCCUGCAGUGUGGCCCUGCCGCCACUGCAGCAGGACUUUCAUGUGCGACCACCCGUGUCGGACCAGACCUGCGUGCCGCAGCUGCAAGCAGGACGGUUGAUGGCGUUGUCGUCCACCACCUGGGCAGCACGAGGGGGUCACAAGGCGGGUUACAGGGGGUCACAGGGCGGGGUUACAGGGGGUCACAGGGCGGGGUUACAGGGUUUCACAGGGCGGGGUUACAGGGGGUCACAGGGCGGGGUUACAGGGGGUCACAGGGCGGGGUUACAGGGGGUCACAGGGCGGGGUUACAGGGGGUCACAUGGCGGGGUUACAGGGGGUCACAUGGCGGGGUUACAGGGGGUCACAGGGCGGGGUUACAGGGGGUCACAGGGCGGGUUACAGGGGGUCACAGGGCGGGUUACAGGGGGUCACAGGGCGGGUUACAGGGGGUCACAUGGCGGGGUUACAGGGGGUCACAUGGCGGGGUUACAGGGGGUCACAGGGCGGGGUUACAGGGGGUCACAGGGCGGGUUACAGGGGGUCACAGGGCGGGGUUACAGGGGGUCACAGGGCGGGUUACAGGGGGUCACAGGGCGGGGUUACAGGGGGUCACAGGGCGGGGUUACAGGGGGUCACAGGGCGGGUUACAGGGGGUCACAGGGCGGGGUUACAGGGGGUCACAGGGCGGGGUUACAGGGGGUCACAGGGCGGGUUACAGGGGGUCACAGGGCGGGGUUACAGGGGGUCACAGGGCGGGUUACUGGGGGUCACAGGGCGGGUUACAGGGGGUCACAGGGCGGGGUUACAGGGGGUCACAGGGCGGGGUUACAGGGGGUCACAGGGCGGGUUACAGGGGGUCACAGGGCGGGGUUACAGGGGUCACAGGGCGGGGUUACAGGGGGUCACAGGGCGGGGUUACAGGGGGUCACAGGGCGGGUUACUGUUGGUCACAGGGCGAGGGGCAAGCAGGCAGGCAGGACGGUUGAUCAGACUGUCGUCCACCACCUGGCACGGGAGGAGAGGGCUGGGAGAGAGAGGGGACAUGAUUGCCAUGCCCUGCAGCAUCUCACCAGGAUUGCCCUGCCCUGCAGCAUCUCACCAGGAUUGCCCUGCCCUGCAGCAUCUCACCAGGAUUGCCCUGCCCUGCAGCAUCUCACCAGGAUUGCCCUGCCCUGCAGCAUCUCACCAGGAUUGCCCUGCCCUGCAGCAUCUCACCAGGAUUGCCCUGCCCUGCAGCAUCUCACCAGGAUUGCCCUGCCGUGCAGCAUCUCACCAGGAUUGCCAUGCCCUGCAGCAUCUCACCAGGAUUGCCCUGCCCUGCAGCAUCUCACCAGGAUUGCCCUGCCCUGCAGCAUCUCACCAGGAUUGCCCUGCCCUGCAGCAUCUCACCAGGAUUGCCCUGCCCUGCAGCAUCUCACCAGGAUUGCCCUGCCCUGCAGCAUCUCACCAGGAUUGCCCUGCGCUGCAGCAUCUCACCAGGAUUGCCCUGCCCUGCAGCAUCUCACCAGGAUUGCCCUGCCCUGCAGCAUCUCACCAGGAUUGCCCUGCCCUGCAGCAUCUCACCAGGAUUGCCCUGCCCUGCAGCAUCUCACCAGGAUUUCCCUGCCCUGCAGCAUCUCACCAGGAUUGCCCUGCCCUGCAGCAUCUCACCAGGAUUGCCCUGCCCUGCAGCAUCUCACCAGGAUUGCCCUGCCCUGCAGCAUCUCACCAGGAUUGCCCUGCCCUGCAGCAUCUCACCAGGAUUUCCCUGCCCUGCAGCAUCUCACCAGGAUUGCCCUGCCCUGCAGCAUCUCACCAGGAUUGCCCUGCCCUGCAGCAUCUCACCAGGAUUGCCAUGCCCUGCAGCAUCUCACCAGGAUUGCCAUGCCCUGCAGCAUCUCACCAGGAUUGCCCUGCCCUGCAGCAUCUCACCAGGAUUGCCCUGCCCUGCAGCAUCUCACCAGGAUUGCCCUGCCCUGCAGCAUCUCACCAGGAUUGCCCUGCCGUGCAGCAUCUCACCAGGAUUGCCCUGCCCUGCAGCAUCUCACCAGGAUUGCCCUGCCCUGCAGCAUCUCACCAGGAUUGCCCUGCCCUGCAGCAUCUCACCAGGAUUGCCCUGCCCUGCAGCAUCUCACCAGGAUUGCCCUGCCCUGCAGCAUCUCACCAGGAUUGCCCUGCCCUGCAGCAUCUCACCAGGAUUGCCCUGCCCUGCAGCAUCUCACCAGGAUUGCCCUGCCCUGCAGCAUCUCACCAGGAUUGCCCUGCCCUGCAGCAUCUCACCAGGAUUGCCCUGCCCUGCAGCAUCUCACCAGGAUUGCCCUGCCCUGCAGCAUCUCACCAGGAUUGCCAUGCCCUGCAGCAUCUCACCAGGAUUGCCCUGCCCUGCAGCAUCUCACCAGGAUUGCCCUGCCCUGCAGCAUCUCACCAGGAUUGCCCUGCCCUGCAGCAUCUCACCAGGAUUUCCCUGCCCUGCAGCAUCUCACCAGGAUUGCCCUGCCCUGCAGCAUCUCACCAGGAUUGCCCUGCCCUGCAGCAUCUCACCAGGAUUGCCCUGCCCUGCAGCAUCUCACCAGGAUUGCCCUGCCCUGCAGCAUCUCACCAGGAUUGCCCUGCCCUGCAGCAUCUCACCAGGAUUGCCCUGCCCUGCAGCAUCUCACCAGGAUUGCCCUGCCCUGCAGCAUCUCACCAGGAUUGCCCUGCCCUGCAGCAUCUCACCAGGAUUGCCCUGCCCUGCAGCAUCUCACCAGGAUUGCCAUGUCUUGCAGCAUCUCACCAGGAUUGCCCUGCCCUGCAGCAUCUCACCAGGAUUGCCACGCCCUGCAGCAUCUCACCAGGAUUACCACGCCCUGCAGCAUCUCACCAGGAUUGCCAUGCCUUGCAGCAUCUCAUCAGGAUUGCCAUGCCCUCCUAUGA